GCUCCAGGCACCCCUGUGUGGCCUCCGGCCGGCCGGCAGCUGCUGCAGGAGCCUCGGCGGAGAGCAGACCGGAGGGGAGGCAGCUCCCGGCGGCCACCAUGAAAGGGCUUGGGCUGCUCUGCUGCUGCGUGGCGCCGCUGCUGCUAAUCGCGACUGCAGAGCUGCAAGUGUCUGCCCCGGAUGGCACAGAAGAUGCUGCCAGCUUUGUGGAGGGCGGCCUGUUGCCCGGAGACCAAAGCCUAGUGGACAAGGAGACACUGCUUUGUGGAGACGUGGCCGCUGUGCCUCCUGGGUCGGGCACCCCCGUCCAGCCCCCUGGCAGUCACCAGAAGGAAGCUGCCGUGGACGCGAGGGGGAGGGCGCCCCUCGCGAGGGGCUUCUCCAAGGUGGAUGCUGACGCUGAUGCCCCCAUCUCCGAAGCCGGCAGCCUGGAAGGGAAUGCGGCCCACUUUGCUGGACCGGAGGAUGCUCCCAGCAGAGGGCACGACGUGGACGGACAAGGAGAUGGUGGACGGAGCCCGGAGAAGGAGCCUGAGAGCCCUUCUGUGCACGGCCCAGAGGAGGGAGGCUCAUCUGGAGAGCAGGAGAGCGAUGGAGAGCCCAUUCAGUCCCGUGAGGACGGAGAGGGGGCCCUGCCCCCUCUGCGGGACAAUGUCACGCAGGCCGCUGCUGGCUCAGGCACGGAGCACAGGGGCGCCUCUGAGGAGAGCGAUGCCCUCAGCGACGAGUCUCCGGCACGGGAUGCCGAGGGCGCGCCCGACAGAACAGAGGAGGGCACCCUGGAGCCGGGUGAGGCAGAAGACACGGAGGGAGGCUCCAGAGAGGAAGACGGCGCAGGAAGGGAAGUGAAGGACAGUCCUGAGCAGCUGGAAGCAAAGGGUUCGGAAGAGGACGACGGGGCCACCACGGCAAGGCCAGCCGCUGCCGGCCAUGAUGGAGGAGACGACUCGGAGGAAGGAGACGACUCGGAGGAAGAGGAUGAUUCGGAGGAAGGGGAAGAUUCAGAGGAGGAAGACGAUGGCCCCCUGUCAGAGGAAGAGGACGAAGAUGAAGCAACGACAGCCCCAACCGAGCAAAACUCUUCGGCAGAAGAGCACAUUUCUCACGGGGAAGGAGAAAAACAAGAGGGGGUCAUUUCCCCAGAGGAGAGCGAGCACGGCACCGAGCCUGUGGAAGAGGGGGCUGGCUGGGGGCAAGGCGUGGACAAGGCGGGCCUGGAGGACAAGGAGCUCAGCAGAGACCCUGGCCCCGCGGGUGUGCGUGACACGGGCACCCACCCCCAUCCCCAAGGGCAGGAAGCCGCCUCUGGCUCUCCCAGCAGCGGGCACCAGGAGACGCCUUCGGAGCCGGCCCGGCCGGCCCUGGCUGCGGACUCGGCACCUGGAGCAGCUGACACGGCGGGUCCCGGCCACCUCCCCGCAGCAGAGGCCGCUGGCCAGCUGGCCCAGAGAGACGAGGCGGAGGUGGCGGCCGCGCCCGCCGCCCGGGACCGCGCCCACAUCGAGAGCACGCUGAAGCUGACGGAGGAGCAGCCCGCCGACGACUACUCAGGCACCCUGCAGAGGCUGCGGAAGAUCUACCACACCUCCAUCAAGCCCGUGGAGCAGUCUUACAGGUACAACGAGCUCCGGCAGCACGAGAUCACAGCCUACCCCGGACGCACCUUGGGCUCUUCAGCCACAGAUGGGGAGAUCACGUCCAAGCCGAUGGUGCUCUUCCUGGGACCAUGGAGUGUCGGCAAAUCCACCAUGAUCAACUACCUCCUGGGACUGGAUGACACUCCGUACCAGCUCUACACAGGGGCAGAGCCAACCACCUCCGAGUUUACCGUCAUCAUGCAUGGACCGAAGCUGAAGACCAUUGAAGGCAUUGUCAUGGCUGCAGACAGUGCCCGCUCUUUCUCGCCGCUCGAGAAGUUUGGGCAGAACUUUCUGGAAAAGCUGAUAGGGAUCGAGGUCCCUCAUAAGCUCUUGGAGAGAGUGACCUUUGUGGACACGCCUGGGAUCAUUGAAAACCGAAAGCAGCAGGAACGAGGCUACCCAUUCAACGACGUCUGCCAAUGGUUCAUCGACAGGGCUGACCUCAUCUUCGUGGUGUUUGACCCCACCAAGCUGGAUGUGGGGCUGGAGCUGGAGAUGCUUUUCCGACAGCUGAAAGGACGGGAGUCUCAGAUCCGGAUAAUCCUGAACAAGGCGGACAGCCUCGCCACUCAGGAGCUGAUGCGUGUGUACGGAGCCCUGUUCUGGAGCCUGGCUCCUCUGAUCAACGUCACCGAGCCCCCGAGGGUCUACGUCAGCUCCUUCUGGCCCCUGGAGUACGAACCGGACACCCACCGAGACCUCUUCCUGAAAGAAGAGAUCUCCCUGCUGGAAGACUUGAACCAGGUGAUCGAGAACAGGCUGGAGAACAAGAUCGCCUUCAUCCGCCAGCACGCCAUCCGGGUCCGCAUCCACGCGCUCUUGGUGGACCGCUACCUGCAGACCUACAAGGACAAAAUGACCUUCUUCAGCGACGGGGAGCUUGUGUUCAAGGACAUUGUGGAAGACCCGGACAAGUUCUACAUCUUCAAGUCCAUCCUGGCGAAGACCAACGUCAGCAAGUUCGACCUCCCCAACCGCGAGGCGUACAAGGACUUCUUUGGGAUCAACCCCAUUAACUCCUUCAAGCUGCUUGCUCAGCAGUGCUCCUACAUGGGGGGCUGCUUCCUGGAGAAGAUCGAGAGGGCCAUCACACGCGAGCUGCCGGACCUGCUGGGGAGCAUCGGCCUGGGCAAGAAGCCCAGCGUCCUCUCGUGCGACACCACCGGCUGUGGAGAAACCCCAAAGAAUCGUUACAAGAAGCACUAACAGACCGGCCGCCCUCUGCAGCCACUCUUGUGUUCCCGUUGGUGAAUGAGCGUAUGUCUUAUCUGUCCAGGAAGCCGAGGUCUGCUAUCCCCGAGUGCCAUACUGGCCAGAGCUAAUGCACAAUGGCAUCCACGGCAGGGAAGCUGGGUGGGGUCCGGGAAGAGGGCGGAUCACUGAAUGCCUGAAGCUGCCGUCUUUGUUGCUGUAACGGGCAGGCCGUAUAUUGGACUGAAGGCCAGGAGAGGGACGCCUCUGCAGGCGCAGCCCCUGGCCUUCAUGUUUGCUAAGCUCACACGGAGGAGGGAGGAAGCGUGAGAGUCCGGAGAAAUGGUGAACGAGGCUCGACUCUUGGCACUGGGCGAGGCAGAGUCCUCGCAGCAUCCUGGCUGCUGGCACAGGACCGAGGACCACGCCACUUGAUGCGGGCGUUCAGCUGUUCGCUGCGGGACUUGCGGGUCAGCGGCACCUGCUCCACGCCAGCGUGUCCUCGGUUCAGCUGCAUCUGAGCAUUCCACUGUGGAUCUGUUUUUCCUGCUCCAGACUGAAAACAUGGCAGGCUGCCCUUCAUCCAGGCUCUGCCCUGUCAGUAAACGCGAGGUAUUUCCCCAGUCCUGGGCUCAGAAAGAGCCGUCUUCUAGCACAGGCAGAAGUCCAGGCGGCUCCGAAAUGCGCCACUAUGCCUUCUCGGGGUCCCUUUGGAGAGCCCUACUCGGGGGGAAGGCUGCUCUGUGUGUGCGUGUGUGCGUGCGCGCACACACACGUGCACAUGAAACGGGAAUCUGCUGGCAGGAGAGUGAAAUGGUCAGUCGUGGCGUUUCCUUUGUUCGGGCCUGACGGCGUAAGGGCGCGGUGUUUGCUGGCCGCUGAGCCUCGGCAUUGUCGCAGGCUCACUCGGGCUUCUCAUUAGGGCUUGUCUCUGUCCACAUGUUAUCUGUCUUCACAGUUCAUUUGUCUCCACCAGAAAUUUGUGGUGAGCUGUAGUUUGACAUGUCUUCAACCAGAGCUGAUGCCCUGUUCUGGUGUGUGACAAAGGAGAGGCAGAGCCUUUUUGCAAGGCUGAGCAAGGGCAGAGGCGGACGGGGGCUUGGCAGGGGCCCACGGGGAUGUCCAAGGCUAUGCCGGCACGGGGCCCGUUCUGCCCGGGAAGGUGGCUUGUGAGCCACCGGGCAAGCCAGCCCCUCUGAAGGGAUGCCACGUGAGAACAUGCCUGUGGGCCUUAUGAAGCAGAGGCGAGGGAGUUUAAGCAAGGUAUAAUUAAGCACUCUGGAGAGAAACAGAGGAGAAAAUGCAAACAGAAAAGUGCUAAGCUGCUUCGGUUUGUUAGCGUUUUUGCAGAAGAGAUUCGGAUACAUAGGUAAACUGAAAGUUUUGCAAAGAGUGUGAGGAGAAUCAUAAAAGGCACUUCACCUAAGGAAAGGCACUUGAUAGGAAACCAGGCAAAACAGGUUGCUUGGCAAGGCUGAGUUUUAAAGAACCAGUCUUGGCAGAACGACCCGGGAAGCCUCUCCCUCCUUGCUGGGCACGGGGAAACUCACAGCUCAUCAUAAGUGUGCCGGCUUUGUGUUAGGAAAGGGGUUGUGUGGUGGGGCGGGGAGAGGUUUUCUCAGUGGCAUGCAAAGGAACGCAAAGGAAUGAACGGCUAAGCCAGCAAGGAGGUUUCCUGGAAACGCGUCUCCCGAGCAGGGCGGAGAUGGUUCAGUGCAGAGCAAAGCCCAGCCCCGGACCUGUCCCAGAGUUGCCGCCGCCGCCGCCACCUCCAUUUUCCUCUUGUAUCUGAGCUUCCUUCACCAUUUCUCCUCUCGCCAGCUGCUUCCUCUCACAAGCUGAAUGCGUUCUCCCAAUCAGACAGUCUGUUCCUGUCAAUAGUCCUACAUCUUGUCUGCGCAGCUGAUGGAACAGAGGAAUCGCGCUGUUAGAACCACUUCCCAGAGCAAACUCCGCACUGUCCUCCGAGGAGGCAGAGCUGCCCAGCAGACGGAUCCCAGUUGCUUCUUUGCUUCUCUCUUGUCCUCAUCUUUUACAUUUCCUCAUCCUCUGACCUUGGGCUUCCUUAUUUUUAUUCAUCCUUCUUUCCUCUUAGGCGUCUUGCAAGGAACGUCCAGUGUGACUGGAGAGUUUUCUGCAAGGUACGGUCUUGGCGACAUGCUCAGCUUGGAGCGCGAGUCUCAAGCGCGGCCGCCUGGGCAAACCCCCUGUUGCAGCGCCUUGCCCCUGCUGGGGCCCGGGUGCUGAGGGGUGGGAAGAGUGAGGGCCACCCGUGGCCCAAGGCAACAGCAGCUGCAGGUUGGCCUCGCUCAAGGGCAGGCGGGCGAAGCGCGUGAUGUGCUGCUCGCUGAACCGAGCGGUAGGGAGACACAUGAUGCGGAGCGGCCACCUGACUGGCCAGAAGUCCAGGGGUGUUGCCCAGACACCGGCUGGAGCCCCCCAGCCCCGAGGACUGCGCUGCCGCAGGCCCCGCUGAGCCCUUCUUUCCCCGAGCAUCCAAGCGCUUCCUCUCCACACUGUCAGCAUGUCUUGCUGGUCCCUGGCAACCGCACGGCCUUUUGGCAAGGGUGGCGAAUCCGGCACCAAAAGCGCAGGUGAUUUAUACUGGAUCUUGCGCCAUCCCUGCUGGGAGGACGUUUGUCGAGUCCGGGCCGCGA